UUUCGCGAUUCUUCCAAACUUCCACCACCAAAACAACAAGGAAGACAAAAGACGAUGGCGACGUUGGCAGAACAGUACACGGAGGUGAAAGACUGGCUGCAAGAGCUGUUUCGUGACGAGGAUGACGUGCCCCCGUUUGACAACAAUGCAGCCACGAUCCAAGCGUUGUAUUCCUUAUGUCGGGAGAGCAAGAAGACCGAUGCCAUGGCAGAAGCCGCAACCACAGAUGCAACUAAGCGGGCGCAGGAGUACAGAUUAGGAAGUGCGCAGCUCACAAGCUUGCUCGAUUCCGUUGGUGUCUCCGAAAACGCUCUCACUCCCACAGGGCGUGAGGCCUUGGAUGCUCUCGUUGAAACGCAACUUCAGUUGCAAACACGCGACAACGACGGAUACACCAUCAUGGCGGGCGUAAGCCAUCACGAGGGCCAGCGGCAUGCGGCGCGCCACGCGCACGCGCGCGCGGCAGAAAGACUUCAGAGAACACAAACUGCAUGUGCACAAGCACAACGCCGACUCAACGCCACAACAAAGGUGUGCGAUGAUCUCUCACGCGGCAAGACGGCGGCUGCUGUUGAUGCGCGCUGGCGGGAGGCGGAUGUGCAGCAGCAGCUCGAGGCCGUCGCAGACACCAAGCGCUCCCUCACACACAGAGAGGCUCACCUGGAGCGUCUCGGUUUCUCCAGCGACAUUAUGCACAACAACUUGCAGCAGCUGCAACAGGCUACGGCAGCCAUUCAGCGCGAGUGCGAUGCCCUCGAGCAACAGCUCCAGGCCGUACAACCACUACCCAAGGAUGUGCGAGAAGCGCGCGUGUAUCUGGAGCGUGCGCGGCUACGGCGGCAACAGCUCGUGGACAAGCUCAAGGCAAACUUUGAUCACAUGUAGCAGCAGCUGAUGUGCCGUUGCAGUCACGCAUACACACACGCACACACACACACACACACACACACA